AUGCUGCAGGAGAAGGCUUCAGCUACGACGGAUGAAUGUGUGACCCGGGUCCAGCCUGGUGCUGAGGGGAACCUCCUCCCAGACCAGCCACGGCUGGAACUCUCCACAACUCCCAGCAUUCCCAGCAACAGCAAGCCUGAGCAGAACAUUGAGAACAUUAAGGUGGUUCUUCAUGAGAGAGAACUGUGGAAGAAGUUCAGCGAGGCUGGCACCGAGAUGAUCAUUACAAAAGCAGGCAGGAGGAUGUUUCCAAGCUAUAAGGUCAAAGUGACCGGGAUGAAUCCCAAAACCAAGUACAUCCUGCUCACUGACGUCGUCCCGGCUGAUGACCAUCGCUACAAGUUCUGUGACAACAAAUGGAUGGUGGCGGGGAAGGCGGAGCCAGCGAUGCCGGGUCGGCUCUACGUGCAUCCUGACUCUCCAGCCUCAGGAGCUCAUUGGAUGAGGCAACUGGUUUCAUUUCAAAAGCUGAAACUUACGAACAAUCAUCUGGACCCAUUCGGGCACAUCAUCCUGAACUCGAUGCACAAGUACCAGCCGAGGCUGCACAUCGUCAAAGCUGAUGAAAAUAAUGCCUUUGGAUCGAAAAACACGGGCUACUGCACUCAUGUCUUCCACGAGACGGCCUUCAUCUCCGUGACCUCCUAUCAGAACCACAAGAUAACUCAGCUGAAGAUAGAAAACAAUCCGUUUGCCAAAGGGUUCCGAGGCAGUGAAGAAGGAGACCUGCGAGUUUCAAGACUAACGGGGAAAGAUUAUCCGGUGAUUUCCAAGAACAUGGUCCGCCAGAGGCUGAUCUCCUCACACAGUCACCUGACAGAAAAACUUGGAUCUGGAGUUCUGACCGGACAUCCUGAAGUCCUCUAUGACAGCGCCGUUUCUUUGUCCAACUUGGAGCCUCAGGACCCGACGUCCAGCCACCUCCCUCAGGCCAGAGAGACCGGACUGCUGUACCACUGCUUCAAACGCAGAGUUAACGCCCAACACCUGGACCUGGGAUGUAAGCGCCCGUAUCUGGAGGCAUCCGCUCCGGGUUCAGAGGACCAUUAUUUCCGUUCACCACCUUCUUACGAGUCUCCCCUGCUGUCCCAUCCAUACCGCGCUGAGGCCAUCACCUCCAGAGAAGCCUGUAUGUACAGCGGUGUGGAAGCAGAGCCUGGAUCCAGGUCAGAAGACUCUGAGGACCUGACCAGUUCCCCUUCAAUAAACUGCAACAUGUGGGCCACGAUGCCGUCAUAUCCUCGCUACAACAUGGAAGGACCGUACCAGUCCUUCACAGCACACUUCACCAACACCGCCGCCGUCACCUCCGUGGUUCCACACCCAGUGCCCUCGAUGGCAUCAUGGCCACAGGCAGAUUUAGGGGUCUACAGCCCCAUUUCAGGCCAGCGAUCUCUGCCCAUCAUACCGCUGUCGCCGUCCACACCAUCCUGCUCUCCAGUUGUUGCAGGAUCGAGAGAAAGAGCUGCAGCCCAACCAGCUGUGUACCACAAAAAACCAGGAUCACCGCUCCGGCCCCAGAGAGAGCUCUCUGCCUAUCCUGUCCAAGGUACCAUAUCCAUCAGAGAUCCAAACUAUCAGUACAGUAACACAGGAAGUCCCUGGACCGAGAGCUGA